GCAUACACCAUCUCGCCAAAGACAUGGUCGCAGCUCCACCACUUUGCCUCGUUUCCUCAGACGGGCAUCUCGCUGCGCCAGAUGGUGCAGUUUGGACGGAUCCCCAGCCCAGGCACCAUCCUCCAGGCCGGCAACUUUCUCGCCGAGGAGCUUCCCGUCCGCCUGGCCCACCGCGUCAAGGAGCUCGACGAGCUGCCAAACGGGCUCAACGAGAUGCCGAGCAUCGUGCGCGUCAAGAAUUGGUACGCACAGUCGUUUGAGGAACUGGUGCAGUUUCCCAAGCCCAAGUUGCCCGAGUCGAUCCAGAAGCAGCUGGCUGCAUCAGUGUCGCAGAAUGCCGCUGGCCUCUCGAGCUCCACGCCGAACCCAACGCUGAGCGAGGAGGCAGCCACGAUGGAGGAAGGCAACGCUGCGGCAGCCUUUAGCAGUGGUGAUGGCAUUAAUGGCAACGGAGCAUCCAAGAAGCGAGUGCCGCUUGAACAUAGAUACUACACCGACCACCGGGGCAUCAAGAACUGGCCGCCCGAGAUCCACGACUACAACGAGAGCUUCACCCGGUGUCUAGAGAAGAUCAAGAAGCGCCACGACGCCGUCGUCACGACAGUCGCCCAGGGCGUGCUCGAGUACAAGCGCGCGAGACGGGGUGAAAACAUCCAGGCAGACGUGCAGCGCUUCCUCGACCGCUUCUACAUGUCGCGCAUCGGUAUUCGCAUCCUCAUUGGCCAGCAUAUUGCCCUAGCAAGGACAUCGCCCUCGACGGCCACGACGCUCGACGGCGAGCCGCUCCGUGUGGGCGAGUCGGGAAGUGCAGGGGCGGCAGCAGGGUCUGGGUCCGAUGGCCAGGAGCCGGAAAACUACGUGGGCAUCAUCUGCACAAACACAAACGUGGGUGCCAUGGCACACGAGGCCAUCGAAAACGCACGCUUCGUGUGCGAGGAGCACUACGGCCUCUUCAAGGGCCCUCCUGUCCAGCUCAUCUGCCCGGAGCACCUGACGUUCAUGUACGUCCCCAGCCAUCUCAACCACAUGAUGUUUGAGCUCCUCAAGAAUUCGCUCAGAGCCGUCGUGGAGCGCUACGGCGAGGAGAACGAGGACAACUACCCGGCGAUCAAGGUCAUCGUCGUUGAGGGCCAGGAGGACAUCACCAUCAAGAUCUCCGACGAGGGCGGCGGCAUUCCCCGCAGCGAGAUGCCCCUCGUGUGGACCUACAUGUACACCACCGCCCAGUCCGAGGACCUCGACCCAGACUUCCAGGCAUCGGACUUCAAGGCACCCAUGGCUGGCUUUGGGUACGGUCUGCCGCUGGCGAGGCUGUACGCAAGAUACUUUGGCGGCGACCUCAAGCUCAUUUCCAUGGAGGGCUACGGCACCGACGCCUACCUCCAGCUCAACAGACUCAGCUCUUCGGCCGAGCCGCUGCCGUGA